UUUAGAUCAUAGAUUAGAAUACCACAACCAAGUUUGAGUUGUGAAUAUCCUUGAGAGAUAUGUGAGGUGUUUUGAGAGUUUUUAGUUAGAGCUUGUAUGUCUCUUAUUUCUAUUCUUGAAAGUAAUAGAAGUGUUUUUCUCUCAUAUUAGCACGAUCCUGUUAUUCCCAACAAGUGGUAUCAGAGCCUGGUUGAGCUUUUGAUAUUUUUCCCAGAUUUUUUCAGGACUAUGCAAAGGAGGAGAACUACUUGACAAGAUUCUUUCUAGGGAUGGGAAAUUCAUUCAGGAGAUUCUAGAGCAUUUUUGGUUCAAAAUAUUAAGCACUGUAUCUUACUGUCAUCUUCGAGGAGUUGUUCACUGUGAUCCAAUUCUUGUAGUGACAGCUUCGGAAUAACUUCCGAUGGAAGUUAUAAAGGAGGUACUUCCCACAUUUCCAUUUUGUGCUUUAGAGAAGUAGAAAACUGUGAAAAUAAUUCUAGUGAGGACAGCAGUUUCGGGGAUAUUUUGACUAUCAUAAAAUUAUAGAUGUGUAUUCUAUUGGAAUAAAAAUAAUUAAAAGAGUUUUUUCUAAAGUAUGGCUAACUUCAAAUACUUGGUAUCGUGGUCUACAUUACGUGUAAGAGUUGAAAAAUAUAUUCAUUGUUUCCUGGUUCCAUGUCUGAUUUUUUUACGUGAGUAUUGUUUUUGUGGUUUGUAGAUUGACUUUUACGCGUUGAAAGUUCAAUUUUGUAUUGAUCUACUUAAUUAGCACCAUGCAUUAACCUUUCCACCAUUGAAUAAGUGAGGCAGAUUUGAGUUGCCACGAAAAAAGCAGAAAGAGCUGUGGGUGGAAAAUAAAAACAUACAUGUUCUGUCCAACAAACAAGUGUCCAUUUACUAAUAUUUCGAUAUUCCAAUCGAGAGGUAUGUGGAACAUACAUUCAUGAUAUCCUUUCCUACUUGUUGUCGUCAUUCACAACUGUUUUUUAACCAAUAAUAACAUUGUUAAUUUUUUAUUUGAAUGUGAGUGUAUUGUUUUUCUUAACCCCAGGCUAUUUGACUUUGCUAGAUAUAUCAAUCCUGGACUUCUUAAGACCUACCCCUGACCCAUCAAUCUUUCAGGUUCCAAAGUGAGUUUAUGUUCACCAAGUGGAGUUGACACAUCAACCUUUAACUUAUUAUUGGCAAGCAUUAGUUACUAGAAUUUGAACUGGCUACUAUGUUUGGAACAUAACUCAAGUCUGACUGUUUAAGUUAAUUUCUAUGUUGCUCGUGGUUUCUAAAUGUGUCUAACAUGUAGUUUUCUACAUUUAAUGGAUUCACUUUGAAGGUAUGUGUUGCUCUAAAUGGUCAACAAGGGAGAAAAAUAUAAUACAUCUACUAAUACCAAGUGUGAAUCUCUUAAUGUCAUUGCACAUUGGAAUAUUGAAUAUAUUCAUUUAUUCUUGGCAUUUGAUUUGUAUUGUUUGACUAAUAAAAUAUUUAAAGGGUUUUGGUGUAGAAGCGCACAACAGAAUUGCGAACGAAAUGAGAAGAAGAAGGAAAUGAUUGGAAACUCAAUCAUCCAAGGUUUCCACGGAAGCUGUCAAGCAAUUAAUCAAAGAAAGUGGUUAAUAGACGCGCUUCAAGUUUGUGUCUUUCCUAUAUGUACAUUGGACACAAACUAAUUGGUUGCACUAUAUUUGAAGUUUUUUUUGCAUAGCUCUAAUUUUUGUUAUUGUUCCCCUUAAAUCAAGGGGGUUAGGUUAUGUUUUGUAUUUUGAGAGGGGUUUUGGUUUGGCCCCCCUCUUGUGUAUCAUGUUUUUUCAUUUAAUAAAAUUUCAUUAUUUCAA